AUGUACUCAGAAGGGUCAUUUUAUGGUAUUGUACCAGAGUAUUCUGCGUAUUACAGAAUUGGUGAGCUGCGAGACGGCGAAGUCAUUCUGGAGGACCACCUGACAAAUGAGGAACGAUACGUAUUUGUCGUUACUUACGCCAACAAUAUGGUCUAUAUCAGAGUAUUGAAUGUUUACAGGAUGGAUGAUGGAAAUCUUGCGAAGCACAUGGAGGAAUUUGUAAGAGGACCUAAUGAACACGCAUACAGGGCGGUCGUAAGGGUUCCUAUUGGUGUAGAUUUACUCGUGAAAAAUGAUACAAAUUUCGUCCGUGUUAGCAAUAUGAUGGAUAGUAUUACAAAGUUUGAAGUAAAAGAAGAAUAUAAAUUGUGUAUAACUAUUGGUGUUGUGCGUUAUGGUGACCAUAUUGUUGAUGAUAAUUUUGAAGGUGUCAUUAAAAAAUAUAUCAUAUUAUUUGAAUCUACAAGACCUGUUCGCUUAAAUAUUAUAACAUCGAUGAGUGAUAUGACUAGGAUAAAGUCGUCUUAUAUACUCGAGGGAGAUGAUGGACCGUUCAUACUCGUUAGUAAAACUAUAGAAAGUGUUUAA